GACUGUGUGCCAUAGGGUCUUGCUCCGGCCACACAUACAUCAUUGUGCGGACUUCGCACCGUGUUGAACGGGCCAGGUGGCUCGAGAAGUGUCUAGGAUGUCAGGAGGUGAGAGGUAUAAUCAAGCGACUCAUGUUUUCCUCAUGCUGUGCGACGAAUCGCUGUCUUUCUAUAGCGCAGUGUGGCCAGUGCCUUGCCGGUUGGGCCACCUACUAUGAUGCAGGCCACCGGGGGCCACCAGGGUCCGAUUACAAGCCUUCGGUGCGCAGACGGCAUGGAAUUCAUUAUUUCUGGCAUGGAUGUGGUACACUGUCGGCGGUAUGUGGAGUCUGCUUUCCGCAUUCCAGUUGACAGAGGUACGACGCUUGACAUGUUGUUGCAGGUCCGCAUACUGCUGUCAGACUAGUACUAGUAGUAGUGAUCGCACCGCAGAAUCGAUGGAGACACUCGAUCACACCCUCGAACGCUGUUAUUCCUCCGCACAUGUAAUAACACAACGGGUUGUUGAUUCAGCGUUCGCGGGGCCGUUACAUAACUCCACAGGUGUAGUAGUCCGUUGGUCUUCGUACCACUCUGUUGUAUUACGACCUGUUUUAUUCAUUUGCUCUAGCAGGACCACCGAGCAAGUACACAGUCACUGGCCCUGCUGUGUGCGAGCUUUGCACGCGGUUCGCCGGUUUCCCCCGCGACUCGGUUGCGGGGAUUGGGCGCCCAAUUGAGCGAAUCUGAGAUCCGAUCGCCUUCGCGUGGCCGGGCGCUCAGGUGAACAGACCCGGCGACCCGGGUGUUCUGACCGGCGGAUCCUCGACCCAGGCGGUCGCUGCGUGGCUGUUCGUUGUCUUUGUCGGUUGGGCAGAGGGCGAAGGCUAUAAAAUGUUACAGAAGGC